AUGACCAGAGUAUAUCAUGCGCGUCCGCAACAGGCGCCGCAGCGCAGCGGUACGCUUGACCAGUCGCGCGCCGCUGUCAAGAAGAAGAAGCCCUACAAGAUCUUGUUAGAGGCGGUAACACAAGAGAAGAAAAAGCUACAUUCCAUUCUAACAUACGCGUCCAACGCCCCCACUGGCUUCGGCUUCAUCCCAGCCGGUCACCCAGAGUUCACCGAGUGGUGCAAAGAACAGUGUCGACAGCGCAACCUUGAUGUGCAUGUUGUCUCUGCCAAGCCGAAGAACAAAACCCACUCCGACCCCGAGAAGUUAUCCCAUCACGUCCAUCGAGUCGGACACCAUUUUCCUAUCCACAUCAUCGAGCUUGCAUGCAGCAAAUUUGGGUACAUCUAUGAUGAGAGACGCGGUCUGCGAAAAGACAAAGAAGGCGAGAGGACUAACUGGAUUGCCCAAGAGUUUGAAGACUAUUCUUCGCGGCAAGUACAGCACGGCCAUCCCGCCACUGAAAAGGAGACCAAGGGUUACAUUCAUAACGCCGUUCGAGAGAUGUUUCCCAAGAUCCCAGAGGCGGAUCUGCAAGCCAUUGUUUCGCAUGCAUUCGAGGAAGGGACAAACCGGGUAGGUAAUGCCAAGGAACUUUCGUUGGCUCGUAGAGUGCAACUCGCCGUUGUAGCGCACAUCCGUCACACAUACACAGACUAUGAUAAGCUUCUCAAGACCGAUGGCUGGUCGGAAGCCCGCAGCCAGGUCGAGAAGGUUUCUCUUGCAAAACUCAAAGAGUGGCGAGACGAAGAUGGCAAGCAGAGCGACGAGCUUGAAGAAACCUUUCGCGAAGUCAUUGUUCUUGAUGAUGAUGACGACGACGAUGCAAGCAGCGAUGAGUCUAUGUCUACGCCCGACGAGCGUGAGCAAAGCAUGGAAAUUGUAUCCAGUCGUGCUACUGCGCGAGAUUUACAGCCCGAGUCACAUGCUAACUACCCACGUGUGAAUGCACAUGAUAUGAGGCGAGCACCAAGGAGAACCAUUGUCCUGUCGCGCUACCCUCCACCUCCACAGGCCGCUGGCUCGUCUGGCCCUUUGCAUUCCCAGUCGCAGCAGCCUUUCCAACCAGCUCGAACAAGGACCAUCGACCCACGAGCGAGACCAGCCGAGACUGGUCAGAACCUGAAAAGUGCGCAGCCGAUUAUCCGUGAGAUCAACGGCCAACUGUACCAACUCCAACCUAUCAAAGAAACCCGUGGUGCUCCAAGGUCACAGUAUGAUCCUCCCAUGCACGCAGCGCCGCGCCGCGUGCAAGAAGGUUAUGUUCAGCCUCCAUCGCCUCGUCACAGUGCCUUUGACAGACCACCAGCGCACAUAAGGCGCCCGUCAGACCAAGAUGUUGUGCUGCCUUCUGUUGAACCUGAAACAGUUGAUUUGACAUCGCCACAUCGUGUUAUGGCGUCUCAGCACCCUGUCCGACACUACAAUGCGAAUGCCGCCAGGCCAUACAAUGAAGUGCCGUCACCAAAACGAAAAGCGCUCUCUUCUUUUGCAAAUGGCAGCGAGCAUUAUGCCGAACCAUAUACCAAGCGCUUAAGGCCUGUAUAUCGUGAGGAAGUGCACUCUCUGGAUGGCCCAGCCGAGUUUCAUUCGAGCAAGCGUAUGGCGCCCAGCAAUGGGCCAAGGCCACCGCCCAGGGAGCAAGUUGUUGAUCUAACCACCAGUUCUUACCAUAUGCCUACUAAUGGCGGCAGAGGCUACGAUGUACCUCCACGCUCAUUUGCGGCGGCUGAUCCUUGUGGACAUGCAUAUGCUCCUGGACCACCUCACCGAAUGCCUGUGCAUGAGAUGAGGGUGGCACAGUAUGAUGUUCCCACUGUUCAGCCAUCUCGUGCUUACAUGCCUGACAACAGGGUGUAUGAGAGACGCGCUCCUCCACACCAUGAUUACAUUCCCUUCCGAGAAGACCAGGAGCCACGUCGUCUUGAGGAAGAGAGUGCGCGGUACUUGAGAAGCGGUGUACGAUAUGGUGGUUGA